AUGUCGAGCGACUCCAGUGACGAAGAAGCUCUUGCAGUUUUUCUGUUUUAUAGAAAUAGAAGACGUCAACGCAAGAGUAGAAAAUACUGGAUUCAUCCAUAUAUUGAAAGAAACAUAAAUUGUAGAGUUUUUGUAGCCGCACAAGAACUACAACAUGAUGAUAAGAAUUUUUUAUCUUUCUACCGAAUGUCUAAAGAGACCUACUUGCAUCUUGUUACAUUAUUAAAACCAGCUAUACAUCAACGAAAUACUAAAUUUAGAGAAUGUGUCAGUGCGGAAGAAAGGAUUCUGAUAACCCUAAGAUAUUUGGGGUCAGGUUGUACGUUUGUAAGCCUAGGAUUGUAUUUUGCAAGAGGAGAUAAUACAAUUUGCAAGGUCAUAGCUGAAAUGACAGUUAUAAUAUGGGAGAUAUUAAAUGGAGACUAUAUGCCAUUACCAGAUAGAAUAAACGUUUCUUGGUUUAUUCUUGAUAAAUGUUUGGGACAGUGCAGCGAUGAUCGUAGUGACAUUGAAGAGCAUAACUCACUGAGAUAUAUAUCUUGUAGCACUUCACUGCACUCGCUUAACAGGGCAAUAAAACUAUGUGUUUAA